AUGGGUAUACUGAAACAAGAAUCACAUUUCACUGCAAAGGAUUGGUGUGAUGAAGCAGAUGACUGGGGAGCCUGUGAUGGAGCAGAAACUCAUGCAUAUACCUCCCUUCAGCUGCUUGGCUUAAAUGAAGCAGUGAGCAGCUCCUUGUCCAGAGAGGUGGAGUGUGCAUCCCAGCUCCAACAGCUUUGCUUGUCUGAGGCUAUGGAUUCAGAUUCCCUGAAUACACAUUCUCCAGUCAGUGAGGAAAUGGUAAUGGAAACAUCUGGUUCAGCUCCUGUGUUCCAGCCCUUUUACAUUAGUGUUGUGGAUGAGGAAGACUACACUGGUUUCCUUGAUACAGAUCAUGCAGAUAGGCUAUUGAAGGAGUAUCAGCAGAGAGAGGGUGUUGAUUUGGAGCAGCUGAUGUCAGAAAGUUUUAAAGGUGAAGGUGACAGUGAAAAAUAUGAGAAAAGUGAAGUCAAAAGCAGGGACCACACAUUCCAUAAAUUUAUGAAAAGAAUAUCUGUGUGUCCUGAACAGAUUCUAAGAUAUUCUAGGGGUGGCCAGCCUUUAUUCAUCACGUGUCCUCCAGCCGACUUUAACAGAUGUAUUCCGGCCUGCAGUAACUGUGGAAGCAACAGAAUAUUUGAAUUUCAACUCAUGCCAGCGCUGGUCAGCAUGCUGCAGAGUGAUUCAGAUCUGUCAGUGGAAUUUGGAACUGCUCUAGUUUACACGUGUGAGAGAAGCUGCUGGCCAACAGAUCGCGAAACCCCUCUUGAAGAAUUUAUUUUUGUACAAGAAGACCCAGAUCAGAGAUUAUUUAAAUAAAUUGUAUUUCUCUGCGUAGAUGGAAA